UCUGAAAAGUGAAGGUCAAUGGUUGCUGGAUCUGGGUGCUUGGUUUGGUUUCCUCACUCGUGCACUAACAUUUUUCCUUCAUCUUUCGUCUCGUCUACUUCCCAACACCAUAGAUCAGUACUGUCACUUUUCUUUCCUAAAAAUAGAAACAUGUCUCAACAACAGCUGAACCUGAGUUCUACUACCACAAACAUAGAAGUAGAAGUGGUUGAUAAUUCUCCUCCCAUGACGCUUCCCAGCUUUAAUGAUUAUCAUCAAAUAGAUGACAAAGUUCUUGAAAACAUUGUUUAUGAUGCUCUUGUCUUUGCCACUCUCAAUGGUCUUCUUGUUGGGGAUAAAUCUGUUGAGAGAUCAGGAAGAGUUCCUGGUGUAGGGUUGGUGCAUCUUCCAUUUUCCUUACUUCCUCCCCCUCUUCCUGAAACUCAUUGGAAACAAGCUUGUGAUUUGUCACCUUUAUUCAAUGAACUUGUUGAUCGUGUUAGCUUGGAUGGAAAAUUUCUCCAACAAUCCCUCUCCAAAACUAAGAAAGCAGAUGAAUUUACCUCUAGACUUUUAGAUAUUCAUGCCAAAAUGCUUGAAAUGAACAAAAAAGAGGAAAUACGGAUGGGAUUAUUUCGUUCAGAUUACAUGCUUGAUGAAAAGACUAAGUCACUUUUGCAAAUUGAGAUGAACACUAUUUCCACUUCAUUUUCUGGUGUUGGUGUUGUUAUGACUGAACUUCACAGGAACAUACUUUCUCACUAUGGAAAAUUGCUUGGACUAGAUUCCGAAAGGGUUCCUGUCAAUACUGCCGACAGUCGGUAUGCGGAGGCAUUAGCUAAAGCUUGGAAGGAGUAUAAUAACCCUAGGGCUGUGAUUAUCGUUGUGGUUCAGGGUGAAGAACGAAACAUGUAUGACCAGCAUUUUGUGUCUGCAAUUCUAAGAGAAAAGCAUCAUAUUACAACCAUACGGAAAACAUUGGCAGAAAUUAAUCAAGAAGGAGAAAUUCUGCCAGAUGGAACACUUUCUGUGGAUGGACAAGCAGUCGCAAUCGUUUACUUCCGAGCUGGCUAUACACCAGUUGACUAUCCUUCGGAAUCAGAAUGGAGAGCUAGGCUACUCAUAGAACAAUCUUCUGCUAUCAAAUGCCCUAACAUAUCUUAUCAUUUGGUUGGCACAAAAAAGAUUCAACAGGAACUGGCAAGGCCCAAUGUUCUUGAAAGGUUCUUUGAAAACAAAGAGGAUAUUGCAAAACUGCGUAAAUGCUUUGCAGGGUUGUGGAGUUUGGAGGAUUCAGAUAUUGUUAAUGAAGCGAUUGCGAAGCCAGAGUUAUUUGUGAUGAAACCCCAAAGAGAAGGAGGAGGAAACAAUAUUUAUGGCGAUGAUCUUAGGGAGACCCUUAAAAGAUUACAGAAACCAGGUUCUCAAGAAGAUGCCGCUUACAUACUUAUGCAGAGGAUAUUUCCAGCUAACACGGCGUCAAUUUUGAUGCGUAAUGGCUUCUUGCAUAAAGAUCAUGUCAUUUCAGAAUUUGGGAUAUUCAGUACUUAUUUAAGGAAUAAGGAUAAGGUUAUUGUGAAUAAUGAAAGUGGCUAUAUGGUACGUACAAAACCAUCAUUAUCUGAUGAAGGUGGGGUUUUGCCUGGUUUUGGAGUAAUAGAUAGUGUAUACCUCACAUGAUGAAACCAACUCAUUGAAUUAAAGAGGAGAAACUACAUUGUUUCUUUUACUUUCUCCCAUGACAUGUUUACAAUCUGUUUCUUCUACUCGAAGAGACAGCGACCUGCUUGAUUCUACCAAUAAAAGAUUGAUGAACUGGUGUUACCUGUUUGUUCAUCUGAUGUAAAGACUUUUAAGUUCUAAUCUUAGCAUUUCUUAUGCUACGAUUAGCUUGUUAAAAAAAUUGUUGGAAAGUUUGUUUAUUAGACAUUUUACUUGGACCCAACACAUUUCAUGAGAAAAAAUACAAAAGGGUGUUGCCAACUUCUAACAA